AUGACAGUCGACACAUGGCAGUCGCAGCAAGCAGUUGAUAGCAGCCAACAGCCAACAGCCAACAGCCGACAGCCAACAGCCGACAGCCAACAGCCGACAGCCGACACCCGGCAGCCGGCAGUUACAUUCACGCCUCGGCGCAACCUCAUCAUCAUACGCUGCAGCGCGACUCGAUCCUCGUGUUCAACUUCUAAGUUCUAA